GAUGCGUCGGGGAAUAACUCACACUUACACACACACAUUAAUACACACACACUGCUUCACAACUGGCAGAAAAAAAAGAAAAAACUCAGACAUGGAUGACCCACUCACAAAAUGGCUCCACUUACACAGUAACAUCAACAACACGGCUGAAACGGACAUUGUGGGACUGUAAAGGGGGUCACGGUGUAAAAAUGAUGGAAAAACGGGAGCAGGAGCUUUGUCCUGGAAGUCCCGACGCAGGAUCCGGUCCUGGAAAGCGAGAAGUCUCGGCCAUCAUCUCCAGACACAACGGAUACAAGCAGGACGAGGAGCCGCGGAGAGAAAGGGGGGAGGAGGGUGAUGGGAAUGAGGAGGUGGAGGAGGUGGACGAGAAGGAGAGGGGAGGGAGCUUCAAAGGGGCUGAAGAGACGGAUGACGUUCCGCUGCAGAACUCGAGCAACGGGACCAGCAUCAGCAUCAUCAUCAACGGCGUUGCCAGGGAAACUGCCUCUCUCAACGCCCUUGACCUGAAAAGGGAAGUGCCGGUGAUCGAGCUCUCCAGGAGGGACGCUAUAAAAGCGCUGGAGCAGAGGACGGAGAGCCAUUUGGUGCCGAUCACGGAACUUCGCAGACCUCCACCGCUGCCGCUGCCGCCGCCGCACCGAGACAACGCUCGAAUGGUCCAGCUGAGCCCAAACGCGUUCCCUGUCCCGGCCCGGGCGAUGCUCUACAACCUGGCGCAGCCUCUCGCCGCCAUCAACAGUCUUGGAGGGGAGUCGGAGCAGUACAGCAUGUAUCCCAGCAACAGGGUAAAGCGCCGCCCGGCGCCUUAUGAGGUUGAACUCGACGAGGCUGGCCAGCCGAAAAUUGUGCGUCGCAUCUUCACAAAUAGCCGCGAACGCUGGCGGCAACAGAAUGUAAACGGUGCAUUUGCAGAGCUUCGCAAACUCAUCCCCACUCACCCUCCUGACAAGAAGCUGAGCAAAAAUGAAAUUCUGAGACUUGCUAUGAAGUAUAUCAGCUUCCUCUCUAACCUUCUGGAGGACCAGGAUGGGGGACGGAAUGUUGGCAGCACAACUGAUGGGGACACAGGGCUGCUGGUUGGUGUUCCAACCCACGAGGGAGGCCCUCAGGGUGUGCCACACCAGGAGACUGUGGUGGGCCUGGCAAGGGAUGAUCUUCUGGAGACAAUGUCACCAGGGUCCAGCUGUGGUAGCUUACCCGAUGGCGAUGCAGAGGGGAGUCCCGAGAGCUUCAUGGAGGACCAGGACUCACCUCCAGCUACAAGAACUCUAACAACUUCCCGUGGACCCUCACUGCAUCUAGCAGCUAGGGAUCUGAGGCGCAAUGGACGCCCAUUAGAUGGUUCCACUCGACGAUGAUGCUGAAAUCUGGGGAUCAUAGAUAUGUCAUCAAAGACUAAAGAAAAACAAUUACAGAUCAUUUGAAAAGUGGAUAUCCUCAAAACCCUUUAUGGUGGACUAAUCAGUUUAGGAAGAAUUAUCUCACACACAGGGAGAAGGUGACACUGCACCUGAGACAAUACACCUAUAUUGUGGUUGAAUUUGAUCCAUCAAAACACUUGUAAAUUCUGCAUGUGCCAUGCUCUUGACCAACCUGCAGACUAUAAGUUUCUACAUGUUGAAAGUUCCAAAGAUACUCUACAAAAUGAAACCAUAAAAAAAAUAAAAGAAAGAAAUAUCGUAAAUCAUCAUUUAGAAGAUCAUCAGUGUAAGAAGUUCAUUUGUCCUAAACCUACAAUCACCAUUCAUUACAAAAUGGUGCAUAUGGUAUAGAUCCACUGUGCUUGAACAGUUCUGCAGGUAACCUGAUCUAAAAUGCCAAGACAUAAACCUAAACAUAUAAAUGGAGCAAGUUUCACAGGAUAGAAUAAUAAUAAAACAAGCGUUUGCUAGAGGCUGUUAAUACAGUGAACGGAUGGAACUCAGUUACGUAUGUAUUGUAAAUAGUAUUAUAUUUCCACUGCACAAUAUAAUAACAGUGACUUUUUAGUCAUGAGGUUUCAGAUGUACCAUAGCGUGUUUGUCAAUGGGUUUACCAUCAAAACCCUCUUUAAAGAGACGGAAUAUAAGAAGAGGAAUAAAAAGGAAUUCAACUCUAAAUGUAACGCUAUAACAAGUGAACAUAGGGAUGAAAGUACAUCAAAUGUGGUACCACAUCUGUCACACUCGGUGAUUAGAAAAUUAUGCCAAAUAUUUCAAUAGACGGUCAAACAAUUACACUGUGUGUGACGAAGAACACAUGUAUUUGAAAUUGUCGUGGAGGUACAAUAUAAACAGUGCUCUUAAAGUGUACAAAACAUGGGUCAGAUGAAAUCUUGAGAUGACUCAUGAAGUCCUUUUGAUAUGAAUGUUUUAAUGUUUUUUUUUUUUUUUAACUAUAAUGCAAUGUAGUUUAGCAAGGUACACAAAUAAGUCCCUUUGUUUCUGCAUUACACAUGUACACUCCCACCACAGCUACCCCCCACCCCCAACACCUUACAGUAUUAAUAUCAUAAGAACACCAGCAGUUUUCUGGAAGUUAAGUAUUGUUCACUGUUGUUGGUUAUUCUGCUUUUGUAGCAGAAUCUGGUAGCUUAUCUUGGUACCUUUGGUAUUUAUGAAUUACAGUAAAGGGACAUUGUACGUUUGGUAAUAACAUAUUUGUUGUAUGAUAGCUGUAUCUAUAAAUAUAUACAAUGUUAAAGGGAUGGAUUUUAUAAAAAAACAGAAUAAAAUAUGCAGCGGAAGAGUUGA